AUGCAACGUGUUCCUGGUCUAUUACAAGAUGAGAUGGCCAGAAAGAAGAGUGUAUUAUCUUAUCAUUACUACUGUUGGCUAUUGGAAUCGACACCAGCUACAGAGCAUAUGCCAUCAUGGAAACAAUAUUUGUGUGAUCAGCUUCUCUUAAAUUAUACAUUCAAAAAUGUGAGAAGUAUAGUUCAAUCCACUGGUGGCGGACGGUUUUUAACAGAAUUCGGUCUGUGUCUUCCUGAUGGUAAUCCAGAAUCAAUAAAUACGGUUGAAUGUAAUGCUGUGCUGAAUGCAGCAGAUAGGAACUUCGAAUCAUGGACGUACUGGGACGGAUAUGAAUUAUUUUCUAACUUAAAUGUAGAAAACAUUUCCUUGAAAUCGUUCAGUCGUACAUAUCCACAAUCAACUGCCGGUCAACCUGUCCAACUGAGAUUCGAUGUAGAUUCAGGUGUGUUUUAUUAUGCUUUUGUACCAACACAGAAGAAUUGUACAAAUGUGAACUCAACAUUGUUAGUUGCAGAAAUUUUUGUUCCAAUGUCGAUUCAUUAUCCACAUGGAGUGAAGACUCGUUUCAUCCCAGAACAAUUAUAUUAUAAAGUGUAUGAAAAUAAUACUAAUUUAAUAUUUGUGUAUAUGCCAUGUACUUUGAUCAAGACGAAUAUUGAACUUAUAGAAAUAACGAUCAUGCCAAACCAAAAUUAAGUUAAACAUUCAAACAGUAAUAAUGAUACUCGUCUAUUAGUUUAUUUGAAAUCUGUAUCCAUUUUGUUGAUUGUGAAUUCGUUGUUAUUUUUGCAUCUUUUAACUUAUUUUGGAUAAACU